AGCUGACAAGAGAGAGAAAGAGUGAAAUAAGCGCGCUCCAACUAGUACCGCUCUUCCACUCUCACUUUUUCAUGCCUUUCUAAGCGUGCGUUCUCAAGUCAGUUCCGCGUUUGGGAUUGUGAUCGUGCCGGAAAAUACUUAAAAAUCAAACGGAAAAGGUGUCGCCCAGGUGUGUAGUGAAAAGUCCCAAAAAGUGCGUUACAGCUUUCAAUGAGCAAACGCGUGGGCGAAGUAAGAGGCAAAAUGGCGGAAAAAAGCAGAUCGGCGAAGAAAAAGUGCGCACAUAUGAUUGGUCGCGACCGCCCGUACUACGAUUCGCUGAUGGAUCAGCUCAAUGGCAUCCUCCUGCCCGGCGGGGCCGUCUUCAUCGAUCAGGCCGACGUCCAGUCGCGGCCCGACCUCACAAACGAUUGUGUGCGGACCGCGGAAUUCAUAUACCAGCUGGCCAUGGAGCGGAAUAUGAGGGCCAGCGAUCCGGAGGAAUACUUUCCGCUGUGGGGCACCUGUCUGGGGAUGCAGCUGCUGCUCAUCUACGCGGCCCAGAACACCAAGGUGCGCACCAAGUGCGAGAGAAUGAAGAAGGCCCUGCCCCUGUGCCUCACCGAGGACUACGGCCAAUCGAAGCUCUUCAUGGACAUGCCGGAGAAGUGCUUUGCCAGCCACCAGCACGGAUACUGCAUCACCAAGGAGAGUUUGCAGGAGUUUGGCCUUGCCACCGACUGGCAGACCCUGGCCCUGCAGAAGGACCCCGCUGGAUGCGAGUUCAUCAGCCUCAUCGAGCACCGGCGCUAUCCCAUUUUCGGCUGCCAGUUCCACCCGGAGCGGGCCGCCUUCGAGCAGCUCUACGCCUGCGAGGACACCAGCAGCGAGGCCCAUAACCGGCAAGGCAUCGAGCUGGCCGAGCGCCUGGCCAGCCGCUUCGUCGACGCCUGCCGCCGCAACGGGAACCGAUUCGCCAGCGCGGAGCUCAAGUCGCGCCAUCUCAUCUGGAACUUUCAGCCCGAGUUCUGUGGCAAGCACAAGGGCUCCAACUGGCUGCAGUGCUACCUUUUUGAGAGGGAUGUGGACUAUCCGAAGGAAUAGGAUUAAAGAUACUCGCUGCAAAUGCUGCUACCAAAGCUAUUACUCAUAUACAUAUGUAUUGCUUUUUCCUUUUUCCAUUUCCCCAUUGACUUUGUCAUAUUUAUUUCAUAUUCUAUUGCCCCUAUUG